CAUCAAAACAAUAACACAAGGACAUUGGUGAGCACGAGAUCGAAAAUUUAAAACCUUUUUCCGUAGACUCAGAGAACAGAUUUACUGAUAUGGAAAAUGAAAAAACGUCUUCACCGUCAAGCAAAGACUCGUCCAAGGAACUUCUUCGCGUGACAGGAGAUGGAAGCUCAAAGGCUGUGAUAGAAUCUUUAUUCAAGCCACCGCCAAGGAAGGCAGGUGAUAGACCCCAAACAUUCAAGGUAGCGCGGAGCCCUCUGUUGGAUCAACUGCAGAGUUUUCUUCCAGAGUUUCAAAAGGCAAAUGAGCACCUCCUGAGCCAGCCGCAGGAACAGAUAGAUGCUAUGAAUAUAGAAUGCACAGAUAAUGAUAGUAAAGUUGUGGAGAUGAAUAUCAUGCUGGAGGAAAUGGCUUCAGGGAGCAACAGUGACUCAGAUGAGAACACAGACCAGUCAGAUCCUACAGAAAAUAGUGACUUGGAAGACGAUACGCCAGUCUUAGGGCCUGUAACAGCUGAAAACAUGAAGAUGCCCAGUGAGUCAAAAAGUCCCAGCAAGAGAGCAAAAAAUCUCAUACAAGUGCUGUCAGAUGCUGAGAACGAGAAGUCAGACAGUGAGAUGACGGAAACAUCGACGAGUUCAGGAGAGCGGUGAAAGAUAUGUGUUAAGCUGAAAGGAGGAAACAUUUGUGCUUAUGAUGAGAAAAUGAGGGAAUGAGGAGGGGUGAUUAGGAAACUUUAGCUAUAAUGUCUGGAUUCUUAUGGAUAGAAUCACAGCAAACGAGAAUAUUUUGCAUGUAACGUCUAUAGAUUUUUUUUGGAAAGGAGAAUAAUACUUUUUUUUGUAUUACCUUCACCUCCUCAAUUUUUCUUUCAUGUUCCUUGAGGAUAAGAUUUUACAAGGAUCCCUUCGUUUCUUCUUGUAAGGCCAUUUUACAGUUUAGUUUUUCUUGGUGUGGUGAGCUGUCCCCAAGUUCUGUAAUUUAUUGUAAAAACAUUUUUCUUCUCCUUUUAAGAAUUUGUGAUAUUUUCUGAAAUUUCUUUUUUUCUUUUAUAAGCAGGGGAAGUGUCUUUAAAUCACUGCAAAGUGAAGAAAAUAUAUUGAAAAUACAUUAUUGAAGUAAAAAAAUAAAGUAAUAUUUUUCAUAUGAACUGC